AUGUCGGCAGACCGAGUAGAGCCCACGCCAAUGGCGUCCCUUCAGAAGGAGUUGAAGAAGAUGAGCGGCUCAACCUUGUCCGCCGCCGUCGCAGAUGCCGAUAGAAUCGUGGCUCUUCUAGAGACCGCGCGAGAGCAAGUGGCGAACGGUAUAGCGCUCCCCCAUAAGUACAUGCUGCUCUAUACUUUAGCUAACGUAGAGACAUCUGCAGCCAAGGACCCCCAUACUGCGAGCAUUACCAUGACUAAACUCCAAAACCCCGUCAAGGAUCGGUUCGAGGCCCUGAACAAGGAUCUAAGGGAUAUAUCUAAACACCAAAAGAAUUUUGGCAAGGCUCUAGACAAGGUUGGUGUCUUCCCUCGCCAGGUCGUGCUCUCACAUAGAUGCUCCGACGGCGUCUUAUGUCGCUCAAUAACGGGAUACGAAUCCCAUAUUACAAAAACGAUCAUCAUGCACCUCUUCCGUGAGGGCCGCUUCGACGUGGCAACGCAGUUCCUUACCGAGGCACGCGAGCAAGGGGUCAUUGGGGAUCGUGACCUUGUGCCCGCCAUGGAUUGGGCCGAGUUGCAUGCCGAAGGAUUGGAUGCCAACUCGUCAAACCUACAAUUUGAGCUUAACCGCCUCCAGUUUAUCUGGCUCCUUAAGGGUCCUUCCGUGAACGGCCUACCCGACGACCAUCGCAACGGCCUUACCGGAGCCCUCAACUAUGCUCGCGAGCACUUUUGGAAAUUUCAAACCCGUCACGGGAAGCAAAUUCGAGAGCUCAUGACGGCCAUACUUUUCACGAGUAAUAUCCAGGACUCACCCUACCGCUCACUUUUCGAGAUCCAGACUGCGUUUGAGGAGGUGGCCCACUCCUUUGCUCGCGAGUUCUGCUCCCUCCUCAACCUUUCCGCCGAGUCCCCCUCUACGUCGCCGUCACCGCCGGCGCCAUCUCCCUUCCUCAGCUCCUCAAGUUCAACCAAGCGAUGA